ACACGGCCGCGCAAAAAUGGCCUUUAAAAUAUUAAUAAAUUUGAUAAUAUUUUUACUUUUAUCUUCGGGAACGAGGGAGGACGUCAGUGAAGACUUCUCCUCACAACAGAUCCUGAACCGAAGUGAUGAUGAGGUGUCCUUCAACGACCCGGCAAGACCAGCCCUGUCCUACCCGACAUCCUUGGGCUUUCUGUUCGUAUUCUCAACCUUGCUCAUCGGCGUUGUGGUCAGAGCCAUCAUGCUAUGGAUCGGCAUGUGUAUCCCGUAUCGAGUCGUCAUGUUCACUCUCGGCGGGCUGGCCGGCUUCUGCGCUAACAGGUUCCCUUCCAUAAAACCUAUUGUUCACGUCUGCUUCAUAGAGGUUGACGUGCUUCUAAUCAUAUUUCUACCACUCCUGAUUUUCCGAACGUCUUAUAAUGUUGAUGCUCAUUCUUUUUGGAGGAGCUUCCCCCAGAUUUUAUUGGUUGGGGUCCCUGGUGCGUUGUUGACGGCUCUAAUGGCGGCUUUUAUGGCAUUUUACCUGAUAGAAUCGUCCUGGACUUUCUCAACGGCUUUGCUGUUCGGGAUUGUGUGUUCGCCGAUUUAUCCUCUGGAGGUGGUAAAACAGUUGAAGGCUAUGAGUAAAGGGAAGUACAUCAGCGUUCUUUUACUCGGAGAAGGAUUGCUUGGUGAUGUGACGGUCAUGAUCGAGUUCACAGCAGUUUUUGGGUACAUAGCAGGUGCUUUAACCGAAGCUUCCCAAAUAACGUUGUUCCUAAUCCGAUAUGCAGGCGGAGGACUGCUCCUUGGACUAGUGAUGGGGAAAAUAACUGAUACCUUAGUAUCUGUUACAUACUACGAUCUACUCUGCGCUGUAACCGUGACAGUGGCUGGGGCGUAUCUAACGUAUUACAUUGGAGAGAAGUUUCUCUACGUAUCAGGGUUACUUGGUACAGUGAUAACUGGUGUCCUAGUCAGUAACAAGAAGUCGACGAUAGCUGGCGAUGUGGAACAGGUCGUGUCACAGUUCUGGAUGAUCUUGGGCCACGCGGCGAACACGCUGGUCUUCACUAUGAUUGGGGUUGUGAUCUUUGAGAAGGUGAGCGACGUGAUCAGCGUCAGACAAGUGUCGUUGAUCUUCGUGACGUAUACUACUGUGUAUUGUUCGAGGCUGAUGGUGUACGCGGCCAUGACACCGCUGCUCCGACACAUCGGUUACGGGAUGACGUGGCAGCACUGCAUGGCGUGUGUGUGGGGCGGCUUGCGCGGCCCCCUGUCACUGUGUCUCGCGCUCAUCGUGCUGCAGACGCCAACCGUGUCGGAUGCAGGCGAAAUCUUCAUAAUCCAAACAGCGGGUCUAGUAAUCCUUUCCCUCCUAAUUAACGCUACAAGUAUGACGAAGGUUCUGAAGAUCCUCGGCUUGGCGGAGAUAUCCCUCGCGAAGAAGGCUAACAUGACGAACUGCGUUAAACGCAUCAUGAUGACGAGGGACCGCUGUAUCUCAAUGCUGAAGAUGGACAAGUUCUUAGCUGAUGCCAACUGGGAUCUGGUACAGGAAGGCACUACGAUCAAGCACCCGUACCAGCUGCAGAUGUCCGGCCGUGACGAGGACAGUGAGGAUGACACCUAUAUGGGGUACCACUACACGACCUGCCCUGACUGCGAGCGAGAGAUACCCAACGAGCCCACCAAGAAAGAGUUCGCAGAGAUGACCAGGGAAGCCUACCAGCGCGUCCUGAAAGCGUUGAAGAUCUCCUACUGGCGCCAGUACGAGCACGGGAAGAUCAGCAAGGAUGGAGUCAGGGUGCUGGUGCAGGCUGUGGAAGUGGCUGCAGACUCCGAGGAUGGCAGGGUUAAUCUGGAACAGCUGGGGACGCUGUGGAAACCAAAGACCCAUGCUGUAUGGCUUCGUCGUAAACUUGUAAACAUGAUGACUCCAGAAGCGGCAAACGCUCAAGUGCCGCGACAAAAAUGGCGGCAGCAAUGUUACAGAGUGGUCACCAACAUUUGGUUCGACGGAUUUAUAUACUUCAUGAUCCUUUGCAACACCCCUGUCAUUCUCUGUGAAGUGGCUCUGCCGGUACCGUCUCAAAAAGCGUUAUGUUGACUUAUAAGGGCUUUGAAUUUAUUCUUCUACAUCAUUUACGUUCUGGAGAUGAUCAUUAAGAUGUGCGCCUUCGGCUUCUGUGGUUACUUCAAGUCGCAU